AUGGCAGGCACUACACCACAAGUUCAGAGCAAGAAGGAAUCUCAAAGUGAGACAAAACCAUCAGAAUUUCUCCGGCCUCAAGACUCUCAGUCUCAUAUAAACCCAGUUCCAGACAUCAUCAGUGAAAGCAAGAGUAAGGAUGUUUCAAUGGAGAGUUCUCUGACAUCUGAGCUCCAAUCAUCACCCGGCAGUGAUGAAGAUGAACGUCAACAUGUACUGGCUUACGGUAAGGACAGUGAUCUGCAGAAGCAUCCUACCUCCAGACAACCUGAAGCAACAUUCAUAUCAGAAGGUUUCAACAAUUGGAAAAAGUCUGGAGAUGAGUUCAAAAAGCAUGAUAAGAGUUCAUAUCACAGAGAUGCCCUUGCAAAACACAAGAAACAUGGUAAUGACAGUGUCACAAGUUUACUUCUGGCAAAAGUUACCAAGGAACAGCAGUGCAGACGAAACCUGAGAGGUUCUGACAUAGAGGGGUUGCCAACAUGGUUAUCUGAGAAAACAUAUAUGUCACCUGCAAUUGUGAAUGAGCAAUCGAUGCUCCUGGGCCGAGCUGUGCGACUGAAGAUUCUUGAGAGAAUCAAAGCUGCCAGUGUCCAUGAGGAUGCUAUUGGCCUAUAUGAGGUUCCUUCCACAACAUCAGCAACACUAACAGAAGUACUAAAAGACACACUUAUCCGUUGUGACUUACCACUAUCGAAUUGCCGAGGUCAAGGCUAUGAUGGUGCAAGUAAUUUUCAAGACCAUGUCAAUGGAGUUGCUGUCCAACUGCAAGGAGAAGAACCACGAGCAGUUCAUGUCCAUUGCCUCGCCCACUGUAUCAACCUGGCUUUGCAGGAAGCCACUAGAGCAUGCAAACCUCUCAGGGAUGCUCUUGACAUCACAAUUGAAGUGAACAAGCUCAUUAAAUAUUCUCCAAAACGAGAACACCUAUUCAAGAAUCUUCCAAAAGCUCUAUCCAUUGAGAAGCGUCUUGACAUGGAUGUGCCUCAAACUGAAAGAACUCGUGGCUUACGACCUCUGUGUCCAACACGUUGGACAGUUAGAACAGGAUCUAUCAACUCUGUUUUGGAGAACUUUGAUACUCUUCGAAAAGCAUUUGAAGAAAUCAAUAAGGGUCACGAUGAGAAUGCCAGGAUUGCAGGUGGUUUACUUUCACAGUUUGACCAGUUUAGUGUGCCUUUUGGGCUGAAAGUUUCUUCCCAAAUUUUUGGUGCAUCAGAGCAAUUGUCUUCCUCCAUUCAAAGCGUAGAAACAACGGCAAAGGACGCACGAAAGGGAGCAGAGCAAGUACUGGCGUAUUAUGAUAAGCUGAGGAGUACAGAUACUUUUUCAGAGUUCUACAAGUCUGUUGUUGAUGAAGCUGAAGACAAAACUGAUCCUCCACGUCUACCACGCUACCGGAAGAGGCCCAAGAGAUUGGAUGAUGGAUCUAAUACUCACACGUUCCCUUCUGUGGAAGAUUAUUGUCGCCAACAAUAUUUUGAAGGUCUAGACAUCGUUUCAGAGCAACUAAAGCGGAGAUUCUCACAGAAAGGAUUUGAAACUGCUGUGGAGAUAGAGCAACUGUUGCUGUCUGCUGCAAAUGGACGGAACUUUCAAAUAUCUUCUCACAUCAGAGAACUCUACAAAGAUGAUGUUGACUUUGUUCGAUUGAACACACAGCUUUCCAUGCUUCAUGACACAGUGAAAUCUGUCUCCACUGAAAGAGGAUGCUUAAUCACUGAAGUCACAAAUAUUGAUACUGUUGUAUCAAUUAUCAACUCAUCGCCUGUAAUAAGGCACCUGUUCAAGGAGAUAAGCACCCUUUUGAAGAUCUACUUGACUAUUCCUGUCACCACAGCAACAUCAGAACGUACCUUCUCCACGCUUCGACGCCUGAAGUCAUACGUCAGAUCUACAAUGACACAGGAACGUCUGAACAACGUUCUGCUACUGCAUGUCCACAAAACCAUUGCUGAUGAACUAUCUCUAGUGGAUGUUGCCCGGGAGUUCAUUUCUUUCCAUGACAGAAGACGCAACUACUUUGGACUUUUCUCAUAA